AUGAGUUUUACGGUGGACCACCACUACUAUGGCCCGGCGUCAAACCGCAAGGCUCGGCCAGCAUCCCUCUCCUCUUCUGGCUUCCAAUCUCAGCGCCGUCGUACAGUCAGCAGCCAGCCGUCUUCUACAGACAGCGUGGAUGUCUUUACCGGGGACAUGUCGAGAAGGAACGAGAAGGAGGUUCUUCAGACUCUAAACGACCGGUUCGCGGGCUACAUUGACAAGGUGCGAAACCUUGAGAUGCACAACAGGAACCUGGAGGCAGAAGCAGCAGAGCUGAGGCAGAACCAGGCUGGACGGGCGUCUGUUGGAGAGCAUUACGAUCGCGAGCUGGGUGACCUGAGGGGUCUGGUGCAGCAGCUGACCGGAGAGAAAGCUUGUGCGGUGCUGGAGCACGAGCAUCUGGAAGAGGACAUCAAGAAGAUGCAGGCUAAAUUGGAGGACGAGGCACGCACCCGCGAGGACAUGGUGGCCGCUACGCGGGCCAUGAACAAGUAUGUGGAUGAGUGCGGUCAUGCCCGGCUCGAUCUGGACAAGAAGCUUUGCGCACUACAAGAAGAGGCCGCCUUCCUGAAGAAGAACCACGACGAGGAGGUUGCAGAACUUCUUGCGCAAAUUCAGGGCGCCCAAGGGAGCUUCGAGGUUCGAAACACUCUCAAAGCAGACGUCACGAGCGCACUGAGGGAGAUUCGCGCACAGCUGGACGGACACGCAACAAAGAGCGCAACACAAGCUGAAGAAUGGUUCAAAGUGCGCAUGCAGCGUCUGUCGGAAGCGGCGCACGACAACACCGAGGCGAUCCGCGGCGCCCAGGAGGAGAUCUCCGAGUACCGGCGCCAGCUGCAGAGCCGCACCAUCGAGCUGGAAACCCUGCGAGGAACCAAGGAGUCUCUGGAGAGGCAGCGCAUGGACACCGAGGACAGACACAACGGAGAUCUUAACUCCAUGCAGGAGACUAUCCACCAGCUGAGCAAUGAGUUGAAGAGCACCAAGUGGGAGAUGGCCAGCCAGCUGAGGGAGUACCAGGAGCUGCUCAACGUGAAGAUGGCUCUGGACAUCGAGAUCGCUGCCUACAGAAAACUGCUAGAAGGCGAGGAAACCCGUUUCUUUUCGGGGAUGAGGCCGUACUCUUACCUGACGCUGAAGGGAGAAGAGAUGUCCGACACGGUUAUCCUGAAAGAGCAGACCGACAAGACUCAGGUGACAGAGGACGCAGAAGAGGGGGGUGACGAGGGAGAGGCAGGAGAGGACGAGGGAGAGAAGGAGGGAGAAAAGGUGGAAGGAGGUGAGGAAGAGGGUGACGAGACCAAAGAAGCAGGAGAUGAAGGAGAGGGUGAGGAAGGAGGUGACGAGACCAAGGAGGAGCAGGCGGAGGGAGCUGAAGAGGAGAAAGAGGGAGGUGACGAGCUGAAGGAAGAGGACAACAAGUCAAAGUCGCCUGAGAAGGCGGCCUCACCUCCAUCCAAGUCACCCCCCAAGUCUCCAGCAGUCAAAUCCCCAGAAUCCAAGUCACCUCCAUCCAAAUCACCUAUGCCAAAAUCACCUGCCAAGUCUCCAGCAAUCAAAUCACCAGCGGACGACAAGUCAAAAUCCCCAGAAUCCAAGUCCCCCGCUGCCAAAUCGCCCGAGUCCAAAUCUCCCCAGCCCAAGACCCCAGAACCCAAGUCCCCCAUCACCAAAACUCCAGAGCCCGAGACCCCCGAGCCAAAGUCCCCCAUCACCAAAACUCCAGAGCCCAAGACCCCCGAGCCCAAGACCCCCGUCGCCAAAACUCCAGAGCCCAAGACCCCCGAGCCCAAGUCACCCGUCGCCAAAACUCCAGAACCCAAGACCCCGGAGCCCAAGUCCCCCAUCACCAAAACUCCAGAGCCUGAGACCCCCGAGCCAAAGUCCCCCAUCACCAAAACUCCAGAGCCCAAGACCGCCGAGCCCAAGUCCCCUGUCGCCAAAACUCCAGAGCCCAAGAGCCCGGAGCCCAAGUACCCCAUUGAAAAAUCUCCUCAGCCCAAGACGCUGGAGCUCAAGUCCCCGGAGCCCAAGUCCCCCACUACAAAAUCCCCCGAGCUCAAGACCCCCGAGCCCCGAGCAGAAGGACAAGAAAAAGAGGGUGAGGAAGGAGGUGACGAGACCAAAGAGGAGCAGGCCGAGGGAGCUGAAGAGGAGGAAGAGGGAGGUGACGAGGUGAAGGAAGAGGACAACAAGUCAAAGUCGCCUGAGAAGUCUCCAGCAGUCAAAUCAACAGCGGACAACAAGUCAAAAUCCCCAGAAUCCAAGUCCCCCGCUGUCAAAUCGCCCGAGUCCAAAUCUCCCCAGCCCAAGACCCCCGAGCCCAAGUCCCCCGUCACCAAAACUCCAGAGCCCAAGACCCCCGAGCCCAAGUCCCCUGUCACCAAAACUCCAGAGCCCAAGACCCCAGAACCCAAGUCCCCCAUCACCAAAACUCCAGAGCCCGAGACCCCCGAGCCCAAGUCCCCCGUCGCCAAAAGUCCGGAGCCAAAGACCCCCAAACCCAAGUCCCCCGUCGCCAAAACUCCGGAGCCUAAGUCCCCCGAACCCAAGUCCCCUGUCGCCAAAACUCCGGAGCCCAAGUCCCCCUCUACAAAAUCCCCCCAGCCCAAGACCCCCGAGCCCAAGUCCCCCGAGCCCAAGUCCCCCAUCGCCAAAACUCCGGAGCAAAAGACCCCCGAACCCAAGUCCCCGGAGCCCAAGACCCCCGAGCCCAAGUCCCCCGUCACCAAAGACCCACCAAAGGAGGAGAAGAAAGAGCAAGUGAAGGAGGGGGAGAAGAAGCCAGAGGAGAGCCCCAAACCGGCCAAGCCCGAAGAGGACAAGCCCAGCCCCAAGUCCCCCGCCAAAGCCAAGAAAGAAGAGGAGAAAUCCGCUCCUCCAAAAACAGAUGAGCCCCAGGCCGAGGUGAAGCCCAUCCCUAAAGCGUCCACGCCCGAGAAGGCAGAGGGCAAGAAAGAGGAGAAGAAACCAGAGGCCAAGAAGGAUGAGAAGAAGCCGUCCCCCAAAGCGACCGACAGCAAAGACGCAGUGAAUACGGAGACAAUCGAGGAGUCUUCCAGCACAGACGCCAAGGAGAGCAAGGAGGAGAUGGCCAAGAAGUGA